GAAAAGCACAAAAUUGAUGUAUCGAUAUUUUUCGUAGUAUCCCUUCUCAAAGCACACUUCAUGCCUUACGGAUUCUGAAGUUAACCGUGUGGGCUGGCGAGAUAGCGAGCCGUUUGUAUUUCUGUUAAUCUUCGCCAGAAACAUGUCUUCAGGUAAGAAAGGAAAAAAGAAGAAAAACUGUAAAACUGUUGAUUUGAUGUCAUUCUUGGCUGAUGGCGGUGGAACCCCUACCAUACCUUUAAAAUCAACGAGUUGGGCUGAUGAUGUUGAAGAUGAACAUGAAGGAGGAUAUACUUCGAGGAGUAACAAAGAACCAGUUGUUCUGCCUACUGCACCUAGAGCUGCAAGAGGUCCACGUAUUGACGAAGAAAAUAUUCCUACAAAUCCUCCUUUUGUAGCAUAUGUUACUAGUUUACCUUAUGAAGUAGAUGAAGAUGAUCUUAUUGAAUUUUUUGCCGAAAUGAAGGUUACUAGUGUACGCUUACCGAAAGAUCCAAAUAAACAACUUAGGGGAUACGGAUAUGUAGAAUUCGAAGACCGGCAGAGUUUAAUUGAUGCUCUUUGUAUGACAAAUACGACUAUGAAAACUAGGCGUAUUCGUAUCGAAGUUUCAAACAGCAGUAACGAUGAACGAAGAGGAGGGCGUAUGGGAAGAGAUAAUCGUAGAGAUAAUUAUGAUGAUCCGGAACGCACUUCUGGAGACUGGAGAAGUAGGCCUAGGGACGAACCUCCAAAUUCCGAAGGUGACUCCUAUCGUAGUCGUUAUGAUAAUAGGGAUAGAGAUAGGGAGAGAGAUAGAGAAAGGGAAGCUACAGAUGAUAAACCUGGCGCAUGGCGUAAUAGAAGCGAAGAUGACAGAGGGAGAUCAGCAUUCAAAGACAGAGGUUUCAGGGAUGAUGAUAGGGAUAAAGAAUGGACACGAUAUGGCGAUAGAGGUGGUAGUAGAGAUAGAGAUGGUGAUAGAGAUAGAGAUAGAGGUAGUAGUUUUGGUCCACGUCGCGAUUAUGGAGAUUGGGAACGUGAUGGACGUAAGGAUGGAAAAGGAAAUUCAGAAACGAAACCUGCUGAACCACGGACCAGACCAAAGUUACAACUACAACCUCGUACUAAGCCUAUUGAACCAUUAAAUGCUAAAGAUGAAAAAUCAGAAUCCGUAGCUCCAGCUUCCUCCACAUCGGUACCUGCGGCAAAUAUUUUUGGUGCAGCCAAACCUGUGGAUACUACUGCCAGAGAGAGAGAAAUAGAAGAACGUCUUGCAAAAUCAUAUGCAGAAUCAAGAUCAAAAGAAGAAGCAGAAAAUGAAAAACGCAAAGAAGGUACAUGGGGACGACGCAAUGGAGAAGAUCGCGAUGAAAAAGAAAAGGAUAAAAGUCGUGAGACUUGGAGGUCAGAGGGUGAAAAAAAAUGGACCGAUAAAUCGGCACCGCAUAGUCACUCGACUUCCGCACGUUCUGAUCAACACGGAGAGUCCAAAGGAGAUUCCAAAGGAUCCAAUCCUCGCAGUGGGCCACCACCAACAAAAACAUCCCAGAAAAGCGACAAUCGUGGAUUAGAUAGCAGGGAACGAAAGGAAAGAGAUAAGGAAAAGGAUGAGCUUGACAGAAUGCCUAAGGCAAAAGAUGAAAAAGCUCCAAAUUUUGUCGUUUCCAACAAGUAUUCCAUGUUACCUGAUGACGCGGAUCCUGACAAUAUUGAAGAUUAGUCGUAUCAUCAUAAUUUACUAUGCCAUGUGCAUUAUAAUUGGUCUAUAUACACACAUUACUAAUGUUUGAUUUACAAUUAAAAAUACGUAUCCAAUUGAUUCAUAAGCAAGGCAUAUGCUCUUGGUACUAUUUUACAGGAAUUAUUGUUGAUUUAUAUAUAUUUAAUCUAUUUUAUUAUUCCGAAUAUAAUUAUCAAUCUCUAUUUGUGUAUUUGAUUUAUAUUUAAUACGAGUGCGUGCUCUGUGUCAUUAGAUCAAUGUGGAAAAGUUUUCGUACUGCUAUAUUAAAAGGAAUUAUUAUUUCAAUACCUUACAUAUGUAAUUCUAUUAAUAUUACAUUCACAAAAUAGGAAUUGGGAUUUUAUUCGUUGUAGAGUUGUUGUACAUUGUAUCUUAUUUACAAUAUAAUAUAUAAAUACCGAUACAGUUACGCCAGAUACUGUGUAGUAUUUUUUACGAUAGCACGAUGUUUUAAUAUUAGUAGGAAAAAAGAAAAUAAAAGGUGAAUCUUUAUUAAUUGAAUUAAUUUUGUGCUAUUUUGUAUGCGUCGAAUAGUUCAAAUUAUACAAUUAGGAAUUGCACAUUGGAGAAAAUAAUAUUUACGUUCGCAUGUAUACGAAAUUUAUAUUUGGAAAUUUUAUUACAUAAUUCAAAUUUAUCGUUUUACCCGUCUCUACUUGGUAUAAAUUAAACUAAAAUUCUCUAUAAUUUUUUAAUACAAUAAAUUAGUAAAUAUUAUAAUAAAAUUAACGGUAUUGCACAGUUUUGUAUGUUCAUGUAUACAAAAUUGUGCAAAAGGUUUUAUACGUCUAUGUGUGUGUGUAUAUAUAUAUACAUAUACAUAUAUAUAUAUAUAUACACAAAGUAUAAUCUAUAUUUAUAAUUCACUUGAUAUAUUAUAUCAAUUUUAGUGGGUCAUUAUUGUUGAGUAGUCUGUGCCAAUUGACGCAAUUGCUUUAAAACAGUUUCUAAUAAUUUUUUCUUAUCUCUCUCGCUUUUCUUCAGUACAGAAAAUACUGUUUUUUUAUCAGAUUCUUUCAAUCUGUAAAAAAAUACGUCGUAUGAAGAUUUAAUAAAAUAUUCUGCGCGUGUAUAAUAAAAAAUAAAACUUUGUUACAUACUUCUCUAAUAAAAUCACAGCCAUAUUUGGAGUUACUAAGUUAUAUUUGCUUGAAUCAUGACCAUAGUCAUGAAAAUAGGUUGGCCAAUCCCAACCCAUGAACAAGUCUAGCAAUUGUCUUAAUUGACUAAAAUAUUGCAAUAAUGUACCUUCUGGUAAACCGACAAUAGGUUCUGAAGCAGCAAACUCUGUAAAAUGUAAUCAUAUAUUGUUGCAUAAUUGCUUAUAUUACAAAAUAAAUAUGAUCUGUAAAUACAAGGAA